GAGUGGCGUCUACGCGGCUAAGGAACCCCUGAAUGAAAGGGCUUGGCUGCGUUGAGAGUUACCGACCGCUUCCGAGAACUCGACUUCACGAGCCUUCGGAGACACGGCUGCUCUGAGGGACAUAGUCCCGGACACUAGGGUGCCACUCACGCACUGAUGCCCCGAGUGCUCUCAGGGCUUCCACUAAUCAUGCCACAGCCGCCCGCCGCUGCCUUGGCGCUGCCCCUGCUACUGCUGCUGUUACUGCUGGUAGUGCGGACGCCGCCUCCGACUGGCGCGCGGCCACCCCCAGGUCCUGAUUACCUGCGGCGCGGCUGGCUGCGGCUGCUGGCGGAGGGCGAGGGCUGCGCUCCCUGCCGGCAAGAAGAGUGCGCCUCGCCGCGGGGCUGCCUGGCCGGCCGGGUGCGCGACGCGUGCGGCUGCUGUUGGGAAUGCGCCAACCUCGAGGGCCAGCUCUGCGACCUGGACCCCAGCGCCCAUUUCUACGGGCGCUGCGGCGAGCAGCUUGAGUGCCGGUUGGACGCAGGUGGCGACCUGAGUCGCGGAGAGGUGCCGGAGCCGUUGUGUGUCUGCCGCUCGCAGCGCCCGCUCUGCGGUUCCGACGGCCGCACCUACGCCCAGAUUUGCCGCCUGCAGGAGGCGGCCCGUGCUCACCCGGACGCCAACCUCACUGUGGCACACCCCGGGCCUUGCGAAUCCGCACCCCAGAUCCUGUUGCACCCAUAUGACGUUUGGAAUGUGACAGGGCAGGAUGUGAUCUUUGGCUGUGAAGUGUUUGCCUACCCCAUGGCCUCCAUAGAGUGGAGAAAGGACGGCUUGGACAUUCAGCUGCCAGGGGACGACCCCCACAUCUCGGUGCAGUUUAGGGGUGGACCGCAGAGGUUUGAGGUGACGGGCUGGCUACAGAUCCAGGCUGUGCGUCCCAGUGAUGAGGGCACCUACCGCUGCCUGGCCCGCAAUGCCCUAGGCCAGGUUGAGGCUCCAGCUAGCCUGACAGUCCUCACACCAGACCAGCUGAACUCCACAGGCAUCCCCCAGCUCUCAUCUCUGCACCUGGCUCCUGAGGAGGAGGCUGAGAGUGAAGAGGGUGAAGAUUACUACUAGGUGACAUUAAGGAGCCCUGAUGUGUACAGAUCUGGA